AUGGCUGAUGCUAUCAAUACUUCAACUAUAGUUAAUCGUACUGAUACUACAAAUAAUUCAACAAAAUCAUCGGAUACACUUCGUCCAUAUUAUUACACAGUAUUUCAAACUCAUUGUUGUGAUACAAAAGCAGCAACAUCAACAACAACAACCACAACUACUACACAACUUAAAGAUACUUUACCAAUAUCAAAAAAGAUCAAAGCUGAAGCAGAAGAACAAUUAAAUCGUAUCCAUGGUGCUCUUAUUGAAAGACUUGAAGAAAUUAUAACAUAUACAAGUGUUGUACCAAGUGUAUAUUUUGAUAACGAUGAUAAUUUUCAUAUUUUUCGAUAUUUAAUCGAUCGAGUAAUGUUUAAAACGAUGAAUGAUGCUAGUAUAAUCAAUUGGAAUUCAUCAUUAAAAGAACUUUAUCCAAUUCGUACAUCAGGUAAUGGUAAUUGUCUUUUACAUGCUGUACUUAUUGCUAUGGUUGGUAUACAUGAUUCGAAUCUUUAUUUACGUGAUCGACUUGCACAAUUUAUGGAUGAAAAUAAAGAUUUAUUAAAAAAUCAUUGGCGAAUUGAAAGACUUAAAUCGGAUAAAAGUUAUGGUAUACGUUCGGAAGAUUUUAAACUUAAUAAUGAAUGGGAUGAAUUAUGUAGUAUUGUUCAUUAUGAUAAACCUGAAGAUGGACAAACAACAAUUUAUUUAGAAUUUCUUGAAGCUGUACAUAUAUUUUCUAUAGCAAAUAUGAUUCGUCGACCGAUUAUUGUUUUAUCUGAAGAUGUUAUUCGAAAUAAAAAUGGUGAAGCUAUAUCAGUUAAUGAUCUAUUCGGAAUUUAUUUACCUAUUCUAUUAGCACCAAGUGAUUGUAUUCAUGAACCUAUUGUAUUAGUUUAUGAUCAUUCACAUUUUUGUCCUUUACUUACCAGUGAUAGUCAUAAAGACAAAUUAAAACAAAAUCUUCUUCCACUUUAUCAAUCAAUUAAUCAUACAUAUGAUCAAAGUUUAUUACCUAUUCGAUUUUUAGGUGAUGAUACAAGUUCUGAACGUUCACUUAAUUUACUUCGUGAAUAUUUAAGAAUACAAAAAAUAAAAUAUAAUUAUGAUACAAAAUCUUCACCAUUAUCUAUUUUCUGUGCUGAAUUGGGUAGUAAACAAUUAUCGAUGAGAUAUAAUUUUUUUAUUCUAUAUCACAAAUAUCUAACGGAUUUCUUUGAAGUUCAAAAACCUAAGGUACUCGAAGAAGAACGAAACCGUGAUAAACAAUAUGAAUUAGAUAAUAAUGUUUCUCGUCAAAUGAAGAAUGAUAGUAGUGGUUGGUCAUUACUUAGACCCGAUCAUGUAUCAAAUUCAUUACCUUCGGUGUCAUCACAACGAUCGUAUACAACUCUUAAUAAUGAUAAAAUGUAUAGUCAAAAAUAUGAUACGUCUGAUUCACGAUAUACGCUUCAUUCUCCUCUCAAUGAUGAACCGUAUGUACCAUCCAAUGGUGCUAUUCAUUUUGAAAAAUCUUCAAUUCAACCGAAUAAAUCAGUUCGACUACCAGAUUAUGCUCGAGUCCUAGAACGAGAUUUGAAUGGUACAUAUACUCAUUCAUCUCCGGUAAAACAAGCGUCUUCAACAAAUUAUCCAGAUAAUAUUAAUAAUGUGAAAAGUAAUGAUAAAUCUAUUAACAAUUUAAAUAUUAAUCUACCAAAGAAUGAUUCGAAAGCUAGUCGAGAUCAACAACGCAUUGAAAUUCCUGUUCAACACAUCCCAUCUAAAUCACUAGCAAAUCAGUAUAAAUCGACUGUUUCUGACCGAGACCAAGAUGUCAUGUACUUAUGCUUUAACUGUCAACAAGCUUUUCAAACUGAUCGAGCUUCAAGUUACUGUCCAAAAUGUGAAAACAGAAUGCAACAACAAACUAGAUAUGAAAAUGUCCCAGUCUCUCGACCACAAAGUCGAACACAACUAACGAAUAUGUAUCCACCAUCCUAUUCUAUUGCUCCACCACCAGCACCACCACCAGCGCCAGCGCCAAAACAAUCAAAUAACCGUAAAAAUUGUCCACGCUGUGGAUAUUUGAAUAUUUUGGCUAAUCUAUCGAAUCCUUUAUCGCAUUAUUGUUCUGC